UUUCUUCUCCCCCGGCGUGAGCGUAGGGAUCCCGCACUAUAUAAGGGUGGCCGGCGGGGCGCCGGAUCCUCUUUUCGGGUCUUGGCUCCAAGAUGACCAAAAAAAGGAGGAACAACGGGCGUGCCAAGAAGGGCCGCGGCCACGUGCAGCCCAUUCGCUGCACGAACUGCGCCCGGUGCGUGCCCAAGGACAAGGCCAUUAAGAAGUUCGUCAUCCGCAACAUCGUGGAGGCCGCUGCCGUCAGGGACAUAUCCGAAGCAAGCGUCUUCGACGCCUACGUACUUCCCAAGCUCUAUGUAAAGCUGCACUACUGUGUGAGCUGUGCCAUCCAUAGCAAAGUAGUCAGGAAUCGAUCUCGAGAAGCCCGGAAGGACCGAACACCCCCGCCACGAUUUAGACCUGCUGGUGCUGCGCCACGACCUCCUCCAAAACCCAUGUAAAGAGAUGGCUUCGUGAAGACAGAAGUAAAAAACACCUUGGAAAAAUAAAUGGGACUUAUACUUUAUGUAGCA